UCGUCGGGAGUAGAUAUUUCGGAGUUCGGAGUGAUAAUUUGGAAAUUGUGGUUCAUUUUUUCCUGCACUAUACCGAGACAGCAAAAUCGAGGACCACAAACAGAGUGGUUGAUUGCGGUCGUUUCUAUUUCCACCUGUUUCCACUCCUCGGUUGGAGUGGUGAGGAGUGUCCCGUCGGCCGAAUGAUAUGCUGUGUGCUUCUAUAUACGCCUUUAAUUAGUGAAUGUAGAGUGGUUCUAAUUGAAAAAGUUUUGGAGGCUUAAAGUAUGGGUAGAGUAAAUUUGUGUUCCUGUGAGCUUUGAGCUUCCGGACUUCCUUACUCAAUUAUACAGUUUUAAUUAGUGAUGGAAGCGAACUGUAUGGAAUCUGGUCAAUUACUGCGAAAUCAAGGCUCCAUGAAGCAGACGAGCGGUCCAGUGGUGAAAGUUCAAUAAAUUCAUUAGUGCAUGAGUGCGCAAGAUAAAUAUAAUCCUUAUCGAUUCUGAUCGUAUCAGUGCUACUGGUUGAAGAAACGCGAAAACGAACCAAUUUGCUGAUGUAUAACAUAAAAGUGCCACAAAUCGUAUUUCAUAUAGGAUAUUGAUAAGACGAUAAGGCACCAUCCACUAGAAGCAACCAUCGAAGCGCAUUGUAUCUGGCGAAUUCGCCGGCAGAAUCCUUACAUAUGUGGUAAUGUGAUAAGUAUAUUGUACUGCUGAUACUGCACUUGGAUAGCGAGCAAACCAGUUCAAGCGGUAAACCCACUUACAAUUUGUCGUCUUGACAAACAGCUGACGGGCAGGCACUCUUGAUAGCAGUGCACCGGGCAGGACGGUGGGAGUGGCAAAACCUUUUCUGGUUCAACCGCAAUUUCUGCUAUACCGAGUGUUGUUGGUCGAAAAGCCGAAGGGCAAAUUGGAAGCAAAUUUGAAACUUGGUAAAAACGCGCUACUCCGGGACGUUCUUUUGUGAUCGAAACCACUCGGGGCUCGGUUGGACAAAGUGGAUGGAAAUUUGUCCCCGGUGAAAGAUGAUUAUUCGGGCGAAAUGGUAACCGACGAUAACGAGCUGGAAAACGGCGUUGAUAGAAAGAAAAUUACCAAAAUUAAAAGUUUAUUGUUGUGUGUUUUACUUGUGAAUUUUUAAAAUGGUGAAUGCUGGAUUUUCAAUGUGCAACGCGAAUACAGUGGAAACGCGGUACCGCAGCUCUGCCUAGAUUUACCGAUUGAGGAGAUAUUACGGCACGGAAUGUAGCAAAAAACAAAUCCUUGCAUUCCUUGGGGCAGAAAGUUAGCAGCGGAACGCAAUUCAUCCAACCAAAUCCAUGCAAUGAGUCUGACAAAGUAUGCCAAACUGUGCCAAUCAUUUGAGCAGCGUGUGAAAAAGCGUCACAGGAUAUCAUCUGGUAAACGAGCGAACGGGAUAGUGUAGAUAUUGGAUUAGGAGUGUGACAAUCCUUACUUCAAACGGCUUUGGUUAAGGAAAGAGCAAAAAAAGUGCGAUUCCAUUGAAGUAGUCCAUUGCCAGGUGGGAAGGAAUAAACUGUUUUGUGAGUUAUGGUGAUGCUCGCGAGUCGUGAUGGGUAGAAAAAAAUGGAAGGAAAUUCUCUUAAAUUCGAUGGAAAUUCUUUACCUCUGUUUUUCAAGCAGGCAAUAUUGGAACCAGUAGAAAGGAUCAAAGGUACAAUGCCAAAAUUUUGCUAAAGCCUUUAUGUGACGGUUUAGCGAUUGAUGGUUGAAAAUGCUUCACAUACAAAAAAUGUGUCCGUAAAUCUGUGAAAAGCAUUGCAUAUAGAAAUGAAACUUUUGGGCGGCUUCGGAAUUUUUCAGAUGAGUCGUUGAAAAGUGAAAUCGGUGUUGUUUUUUUUUACGUACAGUGAAUCUUCUCAGUGUUAACGAAAACGGUGAUAAAUAUUGUCGACCUGGACAUAGCACUAGAUAUUUUUAGUACUGGAACGACAGAUGACUGAUUCGAGCUAGAGCAGACAGGAUCAAAUGCAUCAGAGCUUGUUGAGAGAGCAGGACUGAAGGGCAUCGCAGUUUAAGAUGCUCGCUUUUGCCGCAUUACUAGCCAUACAUGCUGGAUUUGCUGGUUCGAUUCCUAGUGCACCGGAGAAUAUUACCAUUACGUUCCUCACACCAACCUCGGUUCGAGUUUCAUGGCAGACUUCGAUGGACCCGCACACGAUGCCAGUUGACAAAUAUGACGUUACCUACAAACCGACCGAUGCCAGUUACAGGGUUGUCGUAGUGGUGGCCGGAAACCGGGAGGCGGUCACACUCGGAGGACUCUCACCCGACACACAGUACCAGCUGACGGUAGCAGCCGUCUGGAGCGGAAAAAAGUACCGCAGCCGACCGAUCGUAUUCAGAACGCUGGAGCCACCUAGGACGUCAUACCAGCAGGAUUCCGGUGCGCUCGCUGGCAACAGCGGGCCACCGAUCUCCCCGCAUGCUGACACAGCACCGUCGCUGAGCGGAUUCGGAAUCUUCAGCGACGAAUUCGGCAACAUCUCAGUUAACUCAACAUCACGAGAACUUCCAACGAUCCGUGGCGUCGAGAUCGGCAUCGUAGUGUUAGUGUUGAUAGUGUGGGCUGGUGCUAUAGCUUUAUUUUUCAAUCGAUGGGGUAAAAUCCGAAUGUUACUUCCAUAUCAGCCGGACUACAAACAGGAACAACUGAAAGUUCCUGGGACAGGCGUUUGUGCCAACGGCAGCUGCAACGGGCAGCACUCGCAUCAGGAAGCACAAUCUGGACUGGGGAAAGUUUUUGCCAAUUUGAAUCUCCAAAAUGAGUAUGGACAGCUACUCGAGAAGCAGCCUUACCAUCCUUGGCCGGAGGAACCAUCUUCGGUAAUAUCAGAGCGAUGCACAAGAGCCCGAAUAAACUCGGCGAUAUUCGUGUCGUCCGAGGGUAGAGGAUUCGAUUCGAUAGAGUUCAUCCGCCGUUACGGUUCCCAGUCGGUGCUAUGCCGGAAGGCGCGUAGUGCCGAGAACGUGUCUGCUGCCGAACGACAGCGCCGUUUCUCCGAAUAUCCCGAAUGGGAGUCCGAAGAGAGCAAACAGAACUGCAGGGUGAAUGGCAACAACAGCUAUGGGAACAGCAGUGCCGCCGGCAACAAUCCGCACCAGGAUUCGAUAGAACUGGUGGAAUGUCAUCGGGAGCCUAGCACCACAUCGAACGUAAUUAGCACUUGCAAUCCGAAAAGUAGCAGCCCUAGCAGUAGCGCCAAUGCCAACAACAAACCGACGCCAAAGCUAUCGAACCUUCCGACGCUCUCGGUAUCGGGGCCAUCGCCACCACACGAGGAAGAAUUUUUGUUAUAAUCUCGAUAGUAAAUUACACCAACACUAGCUGGUCUGGAAUCGCACUCGUAACCCUCUUCGCUCCAUCAUACCAAACCAUGCUCGUGUUGUCGUGUAAAACAAAAGUUUUUGAGUGAAUCAAAAACCUGAUAAUCGAUCGGAAAAAAAGAUUCGUUUCAGGGAAACUAUGUCACAAAAGUACACAAAUCAAAUGAUGAGCUUUAACUACGCCCGAAACACAACUUUUGACUUCUGUUUACAAUUCGAUGCAUGUAUAUACGUGUCUACUAACACAAAAUGAAAACAUUAGCCAUUCAUAUCACGGUACCAAUUCACCUAGCCAAGAUUCCAAAAUGCAAAUGAACAAUAAGAAUGUACACAUCAUAAAUCAGAACAAAGGAUCCGUCAGGCCUUUUUCAAUUGUAUGCAAAUUCCGAAUCGCUGUUCAGCUUUUCCUAAGUUUUAUCCAAUAAAUAUCCUUUCUGGUACCAAAAAAUUUAUCUGCAAUGACAAACUGGAUUAACAUUUACUAUUAUAAUAAUGAACUGAUCUGAUGGCCGAAUUUUAUAACUCUAAGAAUUUUUUUGUUUAGUAUUUUAUUUCAAUUUUAUUAUCACUGGGAGCUACACUUCAAACCUUAACAUGAUCUGCCACCGAUAAAUCUACAUCAACAAAAUGAUUUUUAAGAAGGAACACCCAUCCACGCUUAUAGAACAGAUAUUCAAGCUAAAACAAAAAAUUUCAAAAUAUCGACGUGAACAUUUCAAAUGGGCCUAAUUCCUGCGAAGAAAUUGAUAUUCGUACUUUUACAGACACUACAAAGUACGUAAUAUCAACUUAAUAAAAAAAGUGGAUCAGGGUCAUUUCGCCGAAAACCAUUUAACCGAAAGCCGUUUCGCCGAAAGCCAUUUCGCUAAAAGGGUCAUUUCGCCGAAUCCUGCAAUAGUCUUAAUAUCGUAAUUGGAAUUGACUUAAAAUAAAGACAAACGAAAGAGGGUAGCGUUAACGCCCGUUUUGUUGACCUACAAUUAUACUUGUUGACUAUUAGCUACUAAGCACCAAAGCAAUCGCAUACGUGUCUACCAGGCCAAAGUAUUUGGUAUUUUCCGUUUACUAAUGCCGUUUUUCAUUGAAAAACACUAGUGGCGUGGAUUGCUCUAGUUUUGCAAUUUCGAGCAGAAAUGCAACAUUCUGACGAUGUUUCAUUGCGAUUUCUGCUCGAAAGUGCAAAACCAGAGCAAUCCACGCCACCAGUGUUUUUCAAUGAAAAACGCCAUAAGUGAAAAUGAAAAAAUAUCUAAUGCGACUUCGCCACAUUGUUUUGGUUCGUGUGCUGUUCGAAAGAGCGGUAGCGAGUAAAGUAAAGAAACCUAGCUUUGAAUAGACCGGGCAAACGAGGCGGUUACAGGUUUGUAUGCAAGACGCCGCCGCUUCCAAAGACGGGUCAGCGGGCAAAUCAGGUGCCCUGAAAAAGACCACCACCUUGGCUUCGGUUAUGUAGCUCCGCCACAUCAGUUAUACAGGAGACAUAAUAACACAAAAUAUAAUAAUAUGAUGCAUUCGAAAUUAUCCUUUUGGCGAAAUGUCCUUUUCGGCAAAAUGACCCUUUCGGCGAAAUGACCCUUUCGGUGAAAUGACCCUUUCGACGAAAUGACCCUUUCGGCGAAAUGACCCGCUCCCAAAAAAGUAUGUACUGUUUUAUGGUUUUUAAUUCAUUGCAAUAAAAUAAUUUUUGCAUAUCUUAGAUCAAUCGGGCUCACGCAGAAAGGAAUGUAACCCCUUGAUAAAAGAGAAAGUAAACAAACAGAAUUUGUCAGGCUUUUAGGCCCAUUUAAAAUGUUCUCGUAGAAAUAAAUUUUUUAGGGGCAUUUUAAAAUCUCAGAAAAACAGCCAUUACUGCAAAACGCAAAUGCAUUUUUUUCCGCUGCGGAGAUAAAUUUUCAUGAUUAUCCGUUACUUAUAAGAGAAGAGUGUGUCAUGAUUAAAAAAACUAUUUGAAAAUUUUUCGUUCCACGUCAAUUAAAAUGCACAGCUAUAUUACAUUUUAAUAACGGCAACACAAGAUGACAACUCAUUCCACACAAAGAACUUCAUCAUUACAGUCAUAACUAUUGAAACAAAAUCAUUAAUCACAAUUGUGGUUGAUCUGGCAUCGUGCUGCAUUGACAUGGUUGUGAAUGUUGCUCGCUACUUGAGGCCAAACUGGUACGUGAUUUAAUCCUAAUUAAUUUAUUUAUACGUACCUUUUGAUCGCACCGGUUGUCACAAAUGGAGUUCUCCGCUUUCCACAUGAGCAAAUUGAUUGCUAAAUUAUGUAUUUUUUGGCAAACUUUCAUCUUCUGGGCAAUCAAACUUAUGACUGGGAGUGAAAAACUAGAGUCUCGGAAGCUACCAGAAGUCUUCUUUUACGUAUGUCUCGUCAUCGUCGGCUGUGUGUCCGAGCACGUGGUUUUCCCAUCGUAUUCUGCCGGCCAUUUCGAUUUGAAGCCACGAUUAGAGAGAUCCGGAUUUUCAUGGUGCAUGCGCAAAAUUAUUUUACGCUGCUGACUUCACCUUCGAAGCAUUGCAAAACUAUUACUGUCACUUGCACAAUGUAAACAUUACACACUGCCCAAGUUUCACUUAAAAUUGUAAUUGAAAAUACCCAAUGAUCAAAAAGUUACAGCCUUUUGAAAGUGCUGUAAUUUUAGUUCGUAAAUGCUUUAAUCUCUGUCAUUACUUUCAAAAUGAUAUUGAAUCUAGAAGAAAUAGAAUAGCACCAAUUGUGGACUGUAUGGCGGAUAAGUCAAUUUUCCCUUGUACCACAAUUCAAUUUAAGAUUUCAAUAGAAUAGUUUUCGUGUCGCUACGUCUGGCAAAGCGAUGCAGUGAUGAAAACCUACACCUUCUAGAAAAAAAAUCCUGCAAAUUUCAUAUUCCUACAAAAAAUCCACUAAAUUACAUACUCGUCGUAUAAAUUACAUAGCAUCAAAAGCAAAAAUUUUUACAGUAGAUCUAGCAAAACCAUAGUAUAUGGAUUUAUACUUUCUGUUUCAACAGAGGCAUUGACUAGUGGCUUGUGAGAUCAGCGUUCUAUCUACCACACGUUUAGUGAAAUCUGACAUAUUUUUAAAUAUUAAAACAAAUAAAUUUACGCGCCUGCGGCAUAUGUGACAAAUAUUCAAAUUCUUCUUUGAAUUUCAGUUGUUCUACGAAUAACGUUCUUAUGAUUUGUGUCAUAUGUACAUCUGCGUCACCUAUGAAUUUCAUUUUUUUUUGUUUGGCACAUAUUUCCAUAGCCUAAAAUUAUGAGAAUAACACCAUCAGAGAUAACAUUUUGCGAAAACAUUCCUUUUAACUUGAUGGGUUUCAAAGUAACCCUAUAGAUCGCUUUAUGUGGCAAGAACAAACCAUGAACUGUAUUUGUCAGCAGGCAGAACAGUAAAGUUGAAAUUUGGCUGGUAAAAAAAUUCUACUAUCGCAUGCAGUCUCCAGACCAAAAAACACGAAUGCCAGCGCACUUCGGAAGCGUGGUUGGCCAUGCUAACACGGAAUCGGGCAGAACGACAAAACGACCUCACAUUAAGCGAAAAAUUCACCUUAUUUAUCUGGCCUUCCGAAAAAUUACUUUGUAGACAGAAUUAGGUGGAUGUAGGGAAUUUCGAACCAUUAGUUUUAUCUGGCAUUAUCUGACAUCGAUCUGUACGAAACUUCUGCCAACGUAUUAUUUCUGCAUCAUCUCAUUUUUUUUAUUGGCAGUCGAGCCGAUGUUGUAAUUUAUGCUUUCUACGACUGUCAAGAUUCCAAGAAUCCAAGUGUUUUCGUGCAUUAAAAACUGGAUCAGUUUUCCAAACUUCUAGCGACAUUGAGAAUUAAAUCACACGGCGGUCAUGCAAAGUCUGAAUGCAUACGGAAGUACUGUUCAAUUGGGUUGCUCAAUAAUGACGUUUUAAUUUCUACACUGGUGCUAAAACGCUACAGAGUAGGAUAGAACCAAAUUUUACCAUAUUAUCUUGUCUUGAUGUUUCUGUGCUGUCUUAGCGAUACUUGAUAUUUUCUUGAUAUUUCAUUGAAGGAAUCAAGAAAUUGUACAAUAUCUGUUUAGCAUCAAAAUUAGUCAUUUUAUCUUAUUUCGUUAUUUCAAUUUUAUUAAGUUUAAUUUAUCCAGAAGCUCUAUCUUCAAAUAAAAUAUUAUUGAACAAACUGCAUCAGAAUCUGAUCAAAUAAAUGCUUAUGAGAUUAUUCUAUUCUGAAUAUUUCAAUAUCAAAUAACUGAAAAAUUCACCUUCUGUAAAUAUUUUGUUCUUGCUUUGAUAUUACAAUGAUAGAAUUUUACAUUUUUUUUUAUCAUUCAGACUUUGUUAUGAUUUUUGAUAUUAAAAAAAAACAAUGUUAAUUUCUACCAUUGAGAUGUUUGGAUUUAAUAAUACAGUUUGUUAUUGGUUUGCAAAUCACUUCUACCCGGGGAUACUUAAAGCUCGAACAAAUCUCAUGCGGCAGAACUAUUUGCUAGCCAUCUUUUAGUUUUUUUCGCGUUUUUACUCAACCGAUCAAUAAAAGUGCUUUCAAUGUAUUUAUUGAUAACUGACAAUCAAUUAGCGUCGAGAAUUGCCGAAUGUUCUGAUGAUCUGAUAAUAGAUACGAUAAAUCAGCAUAAGUUAGAUUUCUCACAUUUCCCGACUUUUCAAUGGCACAGCAUUUUCAUGGAUUGAAGGAAGUGAACCACUGCGACCUCUGGUGGCACUAUUUCACCUGUUUCCCCUACAUUAUGAAAUUUUUCUAUCUUUUUAAUUUUAUUUCAAUUGAUAUAAACUUCAAAAAAUACACAAGGCACCACUUCGUCAAAAAAAAGCAUCAUAGAUAUUUACCUGAGUGAAUUCUGCAAAUGAUUGUUUUUAUCGAAAACACGGAAAAAUUCAGCCAAUAGCCCUGAUACACAGUACGUACAGAUGUAACUUUAACUUUCCGACUAGUUAGAUGCCCAUAAAAGAAGUCGCAAUUUCCUACAGUUAUUAGCAAAAAAUGUAAUAUGUAUUGAUAGUGAUUUCUCUACUAAUUUUUCUUAUUCCGUCAUAGAAAUCAAUGUCAUAUGCAAUAUCAAUUCAUCACCUAGGAAAAACACUGCGUGCUUGUGUUCACUCGGAUUCAUAUUAUACAGUAUCAGUUAUUUUAUGUUUCAUAAAGCAUCUUUUGAUGAAUUUCCUCAAAUUGCAUUGCCAAACGAAACCAUACAAUCUGAUGCAAGUUUAUACUAUAUAUACUACCAAGCGAAUCCUCAUUUUGAUUUCCAAUAAAUGCUCGAUUGUAUGCAUCUAGCUACGAGUAAAACCAAUUUCCAAUGUGCCAAUCUAUCACAAAGUGCUAAUAGUUCAAUGGAAUCGUCGUCAAUUGUGCUAUAAACCAAAUAUCUCCUAACUGGAUCUGGCAUGCAACAAUAAAAAAAAGCUAUUAUUGCUGUUCUCUGCUAGUUGAAUCGUUCCUCUCAUUGCUUGGCACCACAAUAUGAAUUCAUCGAGCAUCAUUCGAACGAAACAUGCAUCCAGUCCGAAAGUGGUAGUAGAAAACGCAAUUUCGAUUUAUCGUAAGAUCUGGGUAAUUGUAUUUAUCAAGUAUUUAUAUUCACCACACUAUAACUCGGCUCAUAGUCACAUGGAUUACGCUAGACCUAUGCUCCUGCUCUCAAACCUGUUUUAUUCGAUCUGGUGAUGUAAUGAUGCCUUUCUCAUUUUCUCAUUUAUAUUAGAGUAAGAAGUAAGUUUUUUUGGGCUUCUACAAAUUGGAUCAAAUUUGAGAUUUUUCUUAGUUUUGCAUCUUCAAAUGAUGAUUUGCAAUUUGGUAUAUGAAACCAUGCGUGUGUUGGGGAAGAAAAGCAAAAUUUCACGAAAAAAACACGCGUCCAGAUUUGACACAAAGUUAAUAACCUAAUCGGAUGCCGAAACUUACGUCCAGGCGAAACUUCUGUUAACUUUCGGCGCAAUUAUAUUUCGUAGUUUAGUCUAAGCAAAGUUUGAAAAUAAGUUCCUGAUCUUGAAGUUUGAAGUUUGAAAAUAAGUUACUGAUCUGGCAGGCGAUUUGGGGAUGUGCUGAAAUAAAUGUUCCCUUCAUCCAACCCAUUCUGGAACAAUCAACACUGCAAAAUUUGCAAAGAAGUUCCUGAUCUUGCCAGCGAUUGGAGAGUGUAGAGAGUUAAAAAAUGACAAAUGGUAAUCAUAACUUAUGUAAUAAAAGAAAAUAAAGUCGUUCCAUGACUAUUCGUUUUUAAUUCUGCAUGUCACACAUAUAAAUUAGGGGUUAAUGAGGUAAAACGUACUCCCUAAGGAAAUGUUGCUAUAUCUUAACUAUAGAGAUUAACACGGAAGAGUUUCAUGCAUGACUAUCUUCCGUAAUCAUUAUUUCUCAAAAUUACGUACAAAUACUCGCUGAAUGCAUUGAAAAAUAUAUGAAAUAUCUUUUUUUCCAAAAUCCUUAAAAAUUUUCUAUUGAAAUCUAUACGGGGCAUGACGCCCGAUCGAGGAAAACAUGGAAAAUAUACAAUUUAAAUUACGCGAAGUGCGAUUAUCUGAACAUAGAGGCAGGAUGAUCUUAAACAACGGGCGAACAUCCAUCAAAACAACGGAUUAUAGCUCAUGAUAACAACGGGGCAAUAUGCACCCUCACAAAGCUUCUACUUCUUAUUCAAAGAAAGCUUUAGACUUUUCGUUGACGAAAUAUUUGCCAGAUGGAAGAUUGUUCACUAUUAUUCAUUAAAUUGAUAACUUAUGGAUAAUUUUUGUAAGCGAAUUCUUGAGCAUUUUGCCUCACACAAUUUGAAUCAUUUUGCCCCAAAAAUAUGAGAUGAUAAAUUUGACGAUUUUCUAUAAAAUUGCAACUACAGCGUCUGUAUUAGAACUAAUUUUAAAAACCCGAAUGAUUGGCAGAGAACUUCACUGGUUACGUAAUUAAAAUCGUAAUAUCCUCACCCUAGAAAACUACUAUGGAACGAACAUCAAAAAUUACUUAUAACAGAGACAUAAUCGUUUUUUUUUUAAUUUUUCCAGAUAUGAUUGAACCAUCGCUACCAAAAUUUUAUCGUAAUCUGUUGUUAUGGCGGACUUUCAGUUUCAUUAAAAUUUCAGUGAAAAAAAUUGGUAACUUUUGAGAAAAGCAAAAGGUGCAUUAUGCCUCGGGGGUGCGUUUUACACCAUCUUCCCCUAAAUGAAAACUUGCUUAACUAUGAGAAGAAACAAAUCUUAGUUUUGAGUGAAACCCAAACCAUUUGUCAUUUCACAGUACUAAUUUUACUAUAAUUGAAUGUGACGCUGGCGUGUCUCUGGCUAUCGGUUGCUGACAGAGUUCAAACUUCACACGAUGUGUCAUAUCAAGACUCGCGUGCGAGUUUGUUACAUUCAAUCAAAGCAACCAUUUCAGGAUUAGCGUGUCGCGGUAUUGUACACUGAUAAAAAUAUGUACGAUCGAUUCAUAUGUAAAUAGCACUUCAAUUUAAUGUGCUUUUUCAUUUCAAUACAAAACCAAUACGAUUUAUUUUAAGAUUUCAUAUGCAAAUAUAUAUGCACUUCAUUUUCUAAUGGAAAUGAGUACAGCAGAAAUGUAAGUGCAAAACACUUGAUUCGGUCAACUGUGUUUCAAUUGAAAUCUAUAUGAAAACAAUGUGACAUUCAUAUGAAAUUCAAAUAGAAUUCUAGAGAUAACGAUAUAGCUUAUCAUUUUGAUGUGCUUUUCAGAUAAAUGUAACAUGACUUCGACUAAAUAUCAACGGGUUUUACACUCACUUUAUGAGUUAAGUGUAUGAAUUUCAUGUGUUCUACAAGUAGUGAUAGUUCAAAUGCUUUGCACGUGAUGCUAGAGUGCAAAUUAUUUUCAGUGUAGCAGCAACAUUAUUCUGCACUAAAACAAUAAUCACAUCAUAGUUACGUGAAAAGUUAUGUGAAUAUCUUCCACCCUUGUUUAAAGUCACAUGGUUAUUUUUUCAGAUUUUUAUAUAAAUCAACAGGAUUCUUACCCUGAAAAAUUAAACAUUUGUUUUAGAAAAAUAGCACAGAAGUUCAAUGACUGAAAAAACCACAAAAACCGAUAACAUUGUGGGAGUGAGUUUGUGAGGCUGACAAAAUCGGCAUAGCUGAAAUAUCAAUUUCAAUCGAAAUCACAAUUCUUUUUUAUUUGUUAUAAAAAAUAGUGAAUAAAAAAAUUACGCAAACUUUCAAGCUACUUACGCUUUAAAGUAGAUUGUUUGACAUUUGGUCAAUUCACGUAACUAAAUCGAACGUAAAUUCUAAUCGAUGUCAGUUGGACUGUCUCUUCCGGUUACUUGUCCCGACGCCAUCUUGAUGAGAUCAAAAUCGAAACUUCAAAAUCAGCUGAAUGCAAUGUAAAUGAACAUUCAAUCGGUUUACCUUGCUUAUUGCACGAAGAGAGUUAGAGAUUUUUGGAUCGAGCAGAUAGUGUUUUGGGACAUCAAGUGCUAGUAAUUUUCACAAUUUGAGAGCCGCUCUAAACACGAGGGGCCCAACGUAAUCGGUGUACUUUUGAAUGGCAGAUGCUAAAAUACCGGUGUCAGAUGGCUGAUCUUUUACAGACAGACGCAAUCUUUUUCCCACAUUGAUGAUCAUAACAAAGGAAUGUCUAUUUCUGUAAACGUUUCAAGAAAUGAGUCGUUGAAGAAGUUUUUUCGAGGACGCGUUUUAGAAAUCAUGAUUGUCGAUGUCCACUGUAUCUCAACGCAGAAUUAUCAGAAAUCAAAGCAACAAAGUUGUAGUUAAUUUUUUUAAACCCCAACGUUUUUAUUUGCUUAAUCCUUUUAAUUUUUUUCUAUUUUUUGGUAGUUGGUUGAAGUCAAAACUACGAUGGCAGAUUUUUGGAUUACUAAGAAAUAGCAAAAUGUAUGAAAAUAAUUUGAAAAAAAUAUUGGAAUACGCCACACCUUUGCAGAUAUUAGAUGUACAUUCGCAUUUAAUGCCCAGAGGCGCUAGAUGUGAUAAAAUUUUUGAGACCAACUAUGGUCUAUGAAAAUUAGUGAGCUACUGAAUUAGGAAACAAACAUGAUAAAUCGAUACUCAAAUUAAAAUAAUGUUAGAACUUACUCAAAGUGGACGAAUAGGCAAGCUACGCACUAACUCUGAUGAAGUUUCAAAUUUUGGUCUCUCGCUUCCAAAAAUGAUACAAGAAGUUUCAAACCACCUAUGGGUAUUAUUGGACUCAUUUAUUUCGCUGACCAGCAAUAUGGAUAUCCGUUGUAUUUCAUCCAGUUUUACAUGUAAACAUGUGACUUUUGACAACUCAGAAUGAGAUCUUAAAUCUCAAAUGUAUUUUCAUGCCGGAGCACACAAAUGGUUAUAAAAUGAUCGGAUAGUUCUUUAUUUUUUAAUCUGUGAAGUUUAGUUUUUAAUUUUGGACGCAAAAUAAGAUUUCCACAUGGAAAAAUCGGAUCAGGAUGAUUUCGCCGAAAGCCUUUUCACCGAAAGCCAUUUCGCCGAAAGAGUCAUUUCACCGAAUGACAUUUCGCCGAAAGGGUCAUUUCAUCGAAUGCCAUUUCGCCGAAAGGGUCAUUUAACCGAAUCCUUCAAUUGUCUUAUUAUUGCAAUUAGGAUUGAUUCAAAGUAAAGACAAAUGAAAGAUGAUGAUGUUUUUGCCCCUUUUAUUGACAAUCGUAGUUCUGAAAUAUUUCAAUAAAAAAUAACGGAUAAAAAGUUUUUUAAAUAACGAAUAAAUUUAUUUCCUCGCGUUUAAUCCAGAAUGACUACUCUCUUGAAUAUUAUUUUUCAGAUUGAUUCAUGAUCCUUAAAAUAAGUUCCCAACAAAGCUUGUUGACUUUAUCAGUAACUAAGCACCAAAGUAACGACCUUCGACGAAAUGAUCCAUUCGGUGAAAUGGGUAUCUUUGAUUAUCUUAUCAAAAAUCAAAAUAUCAAAUGAACGAAAAUAUUGGCGCAUUUCUCAUGUAUGUAUUUGUCCUGUUCUUGAAAAUAUUCAAUAUUAACUUUAAAAUUGUUUCAUUCUGAUAGUUUCCGAACUAGUUUUUUUAUUUACGAUUACUUAACCACUUUCAACCGCAAAUUCGACGUAAACAUUUCAUAAGGUCGCAUAACCCAACGAGAGUUUUUCUUUGUUUACUUUCUCUUCUGUUAAAAACUCCUAAUUUUCACGUUUACUUACAAAAUAUUCGCGUAAAAUAAAACACAAUAUUUCUAUAUUUCUCAUAGUACGAACAUUGAUAUAAUAACGCAUAUAUAGUCUAAAGAGAAAGUAAACAAACAUAAUCUGUCAAUUGUUUUUAAGGCCCUUUUGAAAUUCGGAAAACUAUCAGCUCAGGCUAAAAUCCAUGUAAGAAUUAACUUUGACUUUUGACUACAAUAAUUUCAACUCCAGUGCUUUUGAAAAGCAACUUAGAAUUCUUGGGAACUCGUAGCAUGCAAAAGGUACCAGUAACAAAUUCAAGAUCAGUAAAAUUUGAUUAAUUCGGAAAGGCCAGUCAGAACCACUAAGCUAUUUAGACUUUCAAAUACGUAAAACCUAGCAAAUUUAUACCUUGAUGCUUCUAACAAAAAGAACAAUUUACACAUUACUUGAUUUUACAAACAAAAAUCAUGUUUCCGUUGUCGACUCAUUAUUGUACAACAGUUCUAAUCAAGUUGCUCUCGUCACUUUAUACUGCUAACUAGACACAAAGUUUACUGAGCUUCAACAACAUGUUUGGGCAAUUGAUCGCUACGAAAGUCAACUAAUUUUACAUUUUACCAGUGACUCAAUUUCAAACUACUGAAUGACCAGAGUGAUGAAUCGGAGACGAAAUAAAAUGAUUUAUGUCCAUUUUGCACAAAACGUCCCUGCUGUAACUAAAGUCUUACAUCUGCGGAUCGAAUACUGAUUUCAUAAGAGUCAUCCAGACACAAAAAAGCACAUGUUGUUUUAGCUUGAAGGAUAUAAUAUAUUUUAUUUUCAUAACAAUAUAUAGUGAAACAAAUCCCACAAAGAAUAGUCUACAAAGAAAAACCGAGGAAAUUAUGAAUAGGCAGGAUGUUAAAAAAGGGCAGAUCGUUCACAGCCAGCGGAAAUCACAAAGAUAUACGGGACCAUUUUGUGUCUUGCUGUAGAUUCCCUCCAGAAGUUAAGAGUAGCAAAGAGUUUAGAGAAAAGGAGCUUUCAAAACAGCUUGAUAUUUUCCGAAAGCGAGCGAUGAGCGAGAAACUUAACAAAAAAAAGUUUCAAUUUAUAAAUCCAAUCGAUGUCAAUGUGUACUGUUUUGAAGUUUUUUCAUAGAUAUGAUAUACAUUCAGAGAGCAUAAAUAAGCAUACCCCAUAAAAAAUUUCCACUUGCAGAGAAAUUUUCUACAAAUAUACCCCGAAGAUGAAAAUAUCCAUUUUACACAGACAAAUGAGGACAGAAAAAAGGAUGUUUCAUAAUUAAAUUUUACAUAGAUUAAUCAUAAACUGAGCGUCGGAAGAGACUAAGUACUAAAACCCAUUCCUGGACUUAGGGAAACUAUGAAGAAUUAAGCCUUACUACUCCUGAAAUUUUCUGAAAAUAAAAUAAAUGUAAAGAAACACCACUUAUUUAUAAAAGAAUAUAUUUGUACAUGAAAACAAAUGUAAAUGUACGAUUUUACUCUUCUCCAACUCUAAACAUAUCCUGUCUUGUUAAUUCUAUUCAAAGUACUAUUCUAUUCUUCUAACUAAUUGCCGUCUAUCUCUAUACUCUACUGUUAUUGCUGUCCAUAGUGCUAAUUCCUAUUUACAAGAUUCUGAAACGUUCCAAACCGAUCUCCUACCUAUUUGAAAUAUUUCAAUUUAUUCUUCUACCUAAUCACACACACACACAACGAGGACCACAUUCGAUAUGAUAUCACAUUUUUCUAAAGCCUUAUCUCAACGCGAUAAUAAUUUUACCGUUCAACAAAUCAUGGUAGCCAAACUUGAAAACAAAAAAACAACCGUACUUCAACCGUUUCGAAACUGAUAUAACUACAUAUAUUCUAGUAGAGCAACUGAAAACGACAAUUUUGUAGUAGUAAAUAAAACAAAUUUAGUAGGCGCAAUUCUGUUGAAUGAAUUUUACUUGUUUGUACAUCUAGUAGAUUUUAUGUAAAAGUAGAUCUAGUGAGUAUCACAGGCUCAAACGAAUUGUAGAAAUACAUUGAACGUACAUAAGCCGGUAUAUCUCGAAGACUAAUACAGAAUCUAAAUAAUAAAGAUCGAUGACUUUUGAUUGAACAUAA